AUGCCCCAGCUACUUGCAUGUACUCGCAGGCUCAAGAGAAAAGAGCUGAGGAAUUACGAAUGGCUCUGCAUGAGACCAAAAGGAGCACAGAACUCCAAAGGGGACAAAGACGAAACGAGACCUCAUAAAAGUAGUCUGACACCCCCCCAGCCCCCACCCUACCACUCCGUUCAGCAUUACCACCUCUACUCCUCCCUCAUUCCUUCAUCUGCACUCCAUUCCUCUCCUGCUCUCCCGAGGUCGGGAUCAGGAGACAGAGUGUGGUCUCCGACACUCAGUGAUGAUGGCAAGACAAGCCCAUACACGGAACCUGACUCACAGCAGAAUUUCCGUCCCAUAACCAGUGGAUAUGGAGGUUAUGGCCGCAAACCAUCCCACACCCCUGAGCCCCAACCCACGCCGGUUUUCCAGCCCACCCACCUGAAUAACGGCCACGCCCGGCCCAACAACGGUCACACCUACGGAUAUGGGAACGGAACCGGAACCGGGCAUGCCCAGUACAACAACCCGGCUGGCCUGUAUGCCCAGAAUGGCAGCAAUGGAGACAGGUCUCUGCCAAACAAAAUGGGAGGCCUCAGCCUCACACACAGCCCAGAGCCUCCAGUGCAUUCUCCUGUAGGCCGCAACGACACCGGGAACAAUUUCAACACCGAAUCAGACGUAUACAAGAUGCUGCAGCAUUACGAAGAGCCCAUCUCCCAACCCAAACAGUCUGGCUCCUUCAAGUACCUUCAAGGAAUACUGGAGGCUGGAGAUGGAGGUGUCUCCCCAACUGAGAGAAUGAGAAGCCUGCGGUCCCCAGUCAGGUCCCCCAUUCCCAAACUGGGGAGCCCCAUCCCUGGGCCUGGGACUGGCCUUCAGAAGUUACCCCAGUGCACACGCUGCGGCAAUGGCAUUGUGGGCACCAUCGUGAAGGCCAGAGACAAGCUCUACCACCCCGAAUGUUUUAUGUGUGACGACUGUGGCAUCAACCUCAAGCAAAGAGGCUACUUCUUCAUCGAGGACAACUUGUACUGUGAGACCCAUGCCAAGGCCCGUGUGCAGCCGCCCGAGGGCUACGACGUCGUGGCCGUUUACCCCAACUCAAAGGUGGAGCUGGUCUGAGAACAACACAGACGCCCACGCUGUAAACACGGAGGAAACCAAAGACAGGGUGUGGAGUUAUUCAGAGGCUCAGUCCACAUUUAUUAGGAGUCGAGGAGUGGGAAUGCUGAUCUCUGAUCAGUUUUGGGCUUUUGUAUUGAAAUGCAUUUUUUUUUGGUUUCACUGAUCCCAGUUCAGCAUUUUGUCACCAGCAGUCUUGAUUAAUGAGGUCAGUUAAGCAUUAAUAUAUUUUCAGUGUAUUAAGUUUAUAUUGAAAUAUGUUGACAGAAUGUGGCUCAGGCCUGGGCAGCAUACCAGUCCUUUAACCCAUAAAAAGAAGCUGACAUUUUGUUUUAUGACCUGUUGGAAAUGCCUUCGCAGCUCAUUUAGUCCAUUUACAUGAGCAAAGCGUUCACGAUGCAAGCAAUAGUCUAGUUUGAGCUCAUGUGUGGGAUAAUUACGAACAAACGAAGCACAGACAUGUAGAAAAAGCCAAUAUUUGAGUAUUUGACACAGUUUUGGAUCAUUAAAGUACAUAUAAACGCUGACUAUAGGCACUGGAAAAACUAUCAGACACGAAGGUGUACGUGAGACUGCAGGAGUUUUUUUUUUAACUGAUUGGAAUGUACGCAGUGCUUUCUUAGUAUGAAUUAUACACAGAGGAGAAUUUUAUUUUCUCCUUCAUACAGAUGGCUUCAGACUAACCUUUCACGCCGUAAACCCUGGUUUUCUCUGCAGUCGGUCUCAUUAGAAAAACACAUCAGUCUUGCUUUUGUAAAGUCACGUGUACAUGAUGAUUUAUCCGAAUUUUGGUUUAUGAGUUCAGAGGUUUUUGGUGUUGUUUUAACUUGUGUUGCACUCGUGCAAAAUUGGUUGUUUAUAUUUACACCUUUUCUCUUUACUGCAGGUUUUGCUCAGCUCAUACUACAAAACUGACAUGUUUCUGUCCUUUUCACCUUUAGGCGGAUCGGUUAUCAGUUUUCGUUUUAUUAAACAAACAAUAACUCGGUAAUUUGAACCCGGCAUCCCCAAAGACUGAUUUUGAAGAUUCUGGGCUAGAUGAGUGUUUAGAAAGGCGGUGCAUUGGGAUAAAUUGUUUUAAGCAACUACAGUCUGAAGUUGAGUUUCACAUAAGAUGUGCGGCGAAGUGAAACAAACGUGCACGCAUCACGCUGCGCAACGCUGCUGGUGGAGAUGCGGUUCACAGCUGGAGACAUCCUGCAGGUUUGACUCGAAACUUUAUACCCGCCGUUUAGUGAGAAACAAUCCUUUAUUUUUCUCUCAAGAGCAGGUUCGGGGUGGGGUGAGGGGGCACUGCUCCUCACAAAGUGAAGAUUUCCAGCUAAAGGAAGGCGAGCUAGAGCUUACGUUUCUGGGAAUGAGGACAAGGCCGUUGGAAGACUUUUGGUUGCUUGUAAAAAAGCGUUAAAAUCUUUAGCCCUUAACAUGUGGGACUAAUCUUGUGUUUGGUAUCGGGGGGGAUAUUGGUGCGAUUACAUAGAUAAAUUCUUCUUUGGAGGAAAGAAAAGGAGUUUGGAAGUGUGCAUCGUUUUAGUCUUCCCUCUAUGGUUUGAAAUACCUGCUCACAGCCAAGUACAUGAGAUGAGUUAUGUUUCAGCAUUUCCCUGCAGAGGACAAGGCGCGAGUGGGGGAAGGUGGGGGGCUGAGCAGAAGUUAGACAGCAUGUGUUUUCUCCCGGCGCUGAGGGGAAUGAUGCUGAGAGCAAAACAAAAAUAUUUGUCAUUAUUCAUGAAAUAUGUGGCCACCUGUCUUGGUUGAUGCAUGCAUAAUAAUAGAUACUUUGCAAGGUCUUCCUUGUGUGAUUGCUUCUGAUUUGAAAUGAGAAUCCAAACUUAGCUGAAGUCUUGGAAUCCGUUUCGUUUCAUGGUCAGAAAUGCGCGGCGAUGUGAGAAAGCAGCCAAGUACAGUAGUGCUCUUUGUAAAUUAUGUGAAAUUAAAAUGCUGCGACAUUGCUCCUAGUCUCCUAAGUAUUGUACAUAACUGUGUUUUCAUUGGUCGCAUUAACAAGUCACUCUCGUGCCUUUGCCUAUCUCCUAUAAAUGAUUUCCAUGCGCCUUCACAUUAAUCCUCUUCAUGUGUUUAACUUAUUGUUUCACCAUUUUUUUCGUCCUGGGUUUUUUUUUCUUCUUCUUACUUGCUGUUUUUAAGGUUUAAAUAAAAUGAGAACUGCA